AUGUUGUCUGAAGAAACACGUAGUAUUGUCAAGGCAUCGAUACCUGCGCUGCUACAGCAGGGUACAACAAUAACAAAGCUGUUCUAUAAAAAUAUGCUCGAAGAAAAUGAGGAUUUACUGAACAUGUUCAACAGAGUAAACCAGGGUAGAGGUGCUCAGCAGACAGCUCUGGCGACCACAGUUCUGGCAGCAGCCAAGAACAUAGACGACCUAUCUGUUCUUCUACCACAUGUCAAACACAUCGCCAACAAGCAUAGAUGUUUGCAAGUCAAACCAGCACAUUACGCUAUUGUCGGAAAGUAUCUUUUGAUCGCUAUUAGUGAAGUCCUGGGGGACGCCGCAACGCCGGAAAUCAUGAACGCAUGGAGCGAAGCAUAUGGAGCAAUUGCUGAUAUUUUUAUUAAUGCGGAAAAGGAAAUGUACGCGGAAGAAUCGUGGACGGGAUGGAAACCUUUUGAAGUCACGAAUCGUGAAACUGUAGGGUACAAUAUUGUGGAAUUCACAGUGAAACCUCGGAAAGAAUCUGGAAUCGAUCUAGCUAGGGUAACAGUUUUAGCAGGUCAGUAUAUAACCGUGAAAACACAUCCGAUGAGACAGGGAAAUCAGUACGACGCAUUACGUCAUUAUUCAUUAAGUUCUGUCGACACGGCAAAUGGUCUGAAAUUUGCUGUCAAAUGCCUUGAUUCCGGUGACAAACCUGCUGGAUUGGUCUCUGAGUACUUAUUCAAAGAUGUUGCAAUUGGUGAUCAACUACUUCUGAGCGCCCCAGCUGGCGAUUUUAAUUUGGUUGAACCUCUUAUUUAUCAGAACGAAAUUCCCUUAGUUGCCGUCGGCUCAGGUAUUGGUGUAGGUCCGCUAGUGGCAAUGAUUGAAAAUCAAGCAAUGAAAAAUCCCAAGAGGCCAAUUGUGUGGCUUCAAUCAAACUGCGGAGAGGCCGAUGAAGUCUUCAAAUCACAUGUCGAUAGAAUAUUAGAAGGUGUGUCAAAUCCAACGCAGGUAAUUAUAAAACCAGAUACUCAACCCCGUAAAAUUGAUGAAACUUUUAGAAAACAUGUCACAAACAAUUCAGAUGUUUACAUAUGUGGCUCAACCGGUUUUAUGCAAUCUAUGAUAAAUUAUUUUAGAACUUUGGAGGUACAUAAUGAUUGUGUUCAUUAUGAACCAUUUGAACCAAAGAUGCCUUCUGUGAAAACAUAG